CGCCUGCACUUCCCUCCACUUCCAGGGCCAGGCUUCUCCUCACACCAGCCAGACAGCCUACCCUCCGCCCAGGGGGAGCGGCUGCCUCCACCAGGCCGCUUCCAGGAAGCCCCGGGCCAGGCCCCAGCAUUGUUCAGGUCCUGGCCACAGCUGCGGCGGCACCCCAGCCGGCUAGACACCAUGAAGUCCAGUGGCCAGGUGGAGAGGCUGCUCAGAGCCCUGGGGAGGAGGGACAGCAGCCGGGCCACCAUCAGGCCUAGGAAAGCUGAGCCUCAUAGCUUCCGGGAGAAGGUUUUCCGUAAGAAACCUCCAGUCUGCGCAGUGUGUAAGGUGACCAUCGAUGGGACAGGCGUUUCAUGCAGAGUCUGCAAAGUGGCAACUCACAGGAAAUGUGAAGCAAAGGUGACUUCGUCCUGUCAGGCCUUGCCUCCCGCAGAGCUGCGGCGAAACACAGCUCCGGUCAGGCGCAUAGAGCACCUGGGCUCCACCAAGUCUCUGAACCACUCAAAGCAGCGCAGCACUCUGCCCAGGAGCUUCAGCCUGGACCCGCUCAUGGAGCGGCGAUGGGACUUGGACCUCACCUACGUGACGGAGCGCAUCUUGGCCGCCGCCUUCCCCUCGCGGCCGGAUGAGCAGCGACACCGUGGUCACCUGCGAGAGCUGGCCCACGUGCUGCAAUCCAAGCACCGCGACAAAUACCUGCUCUUCAAUCUUUCAGAGAAAAGGCAUGACCUGACCCGCCUAAACCCCAAGGUCCAGGACUUUGGCUGGCCUGAGCUGCACGCUCCACCCUUGGACAAGCUGUGCUCUAUCUGCAAAGCCAUGGAGACUUGGCUCAGUGCUGACCCACAGCACGUGGUUGUCCUGUACUGCAAGGGAAACAAAGGCAAGCUUGGGGUCAUCGUUUCUGCCUACAUGCACUACAGCAAGAUCUCCGCAGGGGCGGACCAGGCACUGGCUACUCUUACUAUGCGGAAAUUCUGUGAGGACAAGGUGGCCACAGAGCUGCAGCCCUCCCAGCGUCGAUACAUCAGCUAUUUCAGCGGGCUGCUCUCCGGCUCCAUCAGAAUGAACAGCAGCCCUCUCUUCCUGCACUAUGUGCUCGUGCCCGUGCUGCCAGCCUUUGAACCUGGCAUAGGCUUCCAGCCCUUUCUCAAAAUCUACCAGUCCAUGCAGCUUGUCUACACAUCUGGAGUCUAUCACAUUGCAGGCUCUGGUACCCAGCAGCUUUGCAUCAGCCUGGAGCCAGCCCUCCUCCUCAAAGGCGAUGUCAUGGUAACGUGCUAUCACAAGGGUGGCCGGGGGACAGACCGGACCCUUGUGUUCCGAGUCCAGUUCCACACAUGCACCAUCCAUGGACCACGGCUCACCUUCCCCAAGGACCAGCUGGAUGAAGCCUGGACUGAUGAGCGGUUCCCCUUCCAAGCCUCAGUGGAGUUUGUGUUCUCCUCUAGCCCUGAGAAGAUCAAAGGCAGCACCCCACGGAACGACGCCUCAGUCUCUGUGGACUAUAACACUGCAGACCCUGCUGUGCGCUGGGACUCCUACGAGAACUUCAACCAGCAGCAUGAGGACAGUGUGGACGGCUCUUUGACUCACACCCGGGGCCCCCUGGAUGGCAGUCCUUAUGCUCAGGUGCAGCGGGCCCCCCGCCAGACCCCACCGGCCCCCUGGCCGGCCACCCCCGACAGCUGCGGAGCGCCAGGAACUGGACCGCCUCCUGGGAGGCUGCGGGGUGGCCAGGGCGGGCCGGGGAGCCGGGCGUGAGACGGCCAUCCUAGACGAUGAGGAGCAGCCUCCUGCGGGUGGAGGUCCCCACCUCAGCAUGUACCCAGGCCACAGGCCUGGCCUUAGCCGCCACUGUUCCUGCCGCCAGGGCUACCGCGAUCCCUGUGGGGUCUCCAACGGGGGCUACUACCGACCUGAGGGGACUCUGGAGAGGCGGCGGCUGGCCUACGGGGGCUAUGAGGGCCCUCCCCAGGGCUAUGCCGAGGCCCCAGUGGAGAAGAGGCGUCUCUGCCGGUCGCUGUCCGAGGGGCCCUACCCCUACCCACCUGAGCUGGGAAAACCAGCCAGUGGGGACUUCGGCUACCGCUCCCCAGGCUAUCGGGAGGUGGUGAUCCUGGAGGACCCUGGGCUGCCUGCUUUGUGCUCGUGCCCAGCCUGUGAGGACAAGCUGGCACUGCCCACGGCAGCCCUGUAUGGACUGCGGCUGGAGAGGGAGGCUGGUGAGGGCUGGGCCUGCGAGGCUGGGAAGCCGCUCCUGCACCCGGUGCGGCCUGGGCACCCCCUCCCCCUGCUGGUGCCUGCCUGCGGGCAUCACCAUGCCCCGAUGCCUGACUACAGCUGCCUGAAGCCACCCAAGGCCAGUGAGGAAGGGCCCGAGGGCUGCUCCUAUGUGCUGUGCCCCGAAGGCAGGUACGGCCAUCCAGGGUACCCUGCCCUGGUGACCUACAGCUACGGAGGGGCCGUUCCCAGUUACUGCCCGGCGUAUGGCCGGGUGCCUCAUAGCUGUGGACCUCCAGGCGAGGGCAGAGGAUAUUCCAGCCCUGGCACCCACUCCCCACGGGCUGGCUCCACUUCCCCUGGCAGCCCGCCCUACCCACAGUCCAGGAAGCUGAGCUAUGAGAUCCCUGCAGAGGACGGAGGAGACAGGUACCCGCUGCCUGGGCACCUGGUUUCAUUUUUUCCCUACUCACGGACCCCCUUCCGCCCCCACACUGCAGAGUCGACCCAGCCAGUGUCCUGGAGGGAGGGCCCCAGCGGGCACAGCACACUGCCUCGGUCUCCCCGAGAUGCCCAGUGCAGUGCCUCUUCAGAGCUGUCCAGUCCGUCCACGCCCCUGCACACCAGCAGCCCAGUCCAAGGCAAGGAGAGCACCCGACGACAGGACACCAGACCUCCCACCUUGGCGCCCCCUCAGAGACCGAGCCCUGGCGAGGCCUUGCCCUCUGCUUCCCAGGGAAACACUGAAAAGCCUUCUGAGCUGCCGGCCAGCAGUGGGCCUGAGCCUCGGGGGCCCAGCCCCUUUUCUCCGACCUCCCCUCCCAGCUCGCCCAGUGACUGGCCUCAGGAAAGGAGCCCAGGGGGCCGCUCAGACAGCGCCAGUCCUCGGAGCCCGGUGCCCACCACACUGCCUGGCCUGCGCCAUGCACCCUGGCAGGGACUUCGAGGCCCCCCAGACAGCCCUGACGGUUCUCCCCUCACUCCUGUGCCAACCCAGAUGCCCUGGCUGGUGGCCAGCCCAGAGCCCCCACAGAGCUCACCCACACCUGCCUUCCCUGCAGCUACGUCCUAUGACACCAACGGGCCUUCCCAGCCCCCACUUCCUGAGAAACGCCACCUGCCAGGGCCUGGGCAGCAGCCAGGACCCUGGGGCCCCGAGCAGGUGUCACCACCACCCGCCAGGGGCACCAGUCACCAUGUCACCUUCGCACCUCUGCUCCUGGAUGGUGCCUCCCUGCCCCCAGAACCCCCUACGCAAGAGAGCCAAAGCAACGUCAAGUUUGUCCAGGAUACAUCCAAGUUCUGGUACAAGCCACACCUGUCACGUGACCAAGCCAUCUCCCUGCUGAAGGACAAGGACCCUGGGGCCUUCCUGAUCAGGGACAGCCAUUCAUUCCAAGGAGCUUAUGGACUGGCCCUUAAGGUGGCUACACCCCCACCCAGCGCCCAGCCCUGGAAAGGGGACCCCUUGGAGCAGCUGGUUCGCCAUUUCCUCAUUGAGACUGGGCCCAAAGGGGUGAAGAUCAAGGGCUGUCCCAGCGAGCCCCACUUUGGCAGCCUGUCCGCCCUGGUCUCCCAACACUCCAUCUCCCCCAUCUCCCUGCCGUGCCGCCUGCGCAUUCCCAGUAAAGAUCCCCUGGAAGAGACCCCAGAGGCUCCAGUGCCCACCAACAUGAGCACGGCGGCCGACCAGGGCGCUGCCUGCAGCGUGCUCUACCUGACCUCAGUGGAGACAGAGUCCCUGACGGGCCCUCAGGCCGUGGCCCGGGCCAGCUCUGCGGCUCUGAGUUGCAGCCCCCGCCCAACACCAGCUUGUGUCCACUUCAAGGUCUCAGCCCAGGGCAUCACACUGACAGACAACCAAAGGAAGCUCUUCUUUCGCCGCCAUUAUCCAGUGAGCAGCAUCACCUUCUCCAGCACUGACCCUCAGGACCGCAGAUGGACCAACCCAGACGGGACCACCUCCAAGAUCUUUGGUUUCGUGGCCAAGAAGCCAGGAAGCCCCUGGGAGAAUGUGUGUCACCUCUUUGCCGAGCUUGACCCAGAUCAGCCUGCGAAUGCCAUUGUCACUUUCAUCACCAAAGUUCUACUGGGCCAGAGAAAAUGAAGGCAGGCCACCAGCUCAGAGCCCACAUCAACACUGUGCCCCUCCUAGCACCCGACAGCCCUCACUUCCCCUGGCCUGACCCUCCCUUAGGAACGGGGAGUGGGCAACAGCCUGGGGCACUGCUCCUCCCCACCCCAGCCUGCUAAGCUACGUGGACAGGCCCAUGGAUGACCUUGCAUGUGAGCAGACGGCAGAGAUGGUGUGUAAGGGGUGAGGAGGCAUCAGCGGUUCGGAGCUGAGGGGGU